AUGAGUCGGGUAAGUUUUCUAGAUAGAGAUCUGUUCACGGAUUCCAAAUAUGUCUCCUUUGUAUCUACUGUUGUAGAAUAUUCGGAUGACAAUAGAUCUCAUUUAGCGUCUAAAUUCUUCCACAACAAUCCAUUAAGCGAGGAUUGCCAUUCACUUGUAAAUUGGAUAUCCAUGCAGCAGAUAUACCCCCCGUUAACUUUAAAUGGCGGGCCAACUUCAAUAUUUUUAACAUCAUCGUAUAUUAUUGCAGGUACUAAGAACGGUGCGGUUCUAAUAUUCAAUCAUAAGCAAUUGCUAUUAUCAACUUUAACGCCUAAAACAUCUGAUUUUCAAUCUCCAGCUGUUAGUGUUUGUAUGUCAAACAAUGGAAGUCAUGUUGCAGCUGCCUAUGCUACAGGGGAUAUAUUUAUGUGGGACUUGAAUCAGCAUAUUGAUUCAUCUCAAAAUUCUAUGCCAGCAUUAUUUCAUAUUCCAAGAUAUGAAGGCUCCUCUAUAAAUGGACUUGAUUUCUUGCCAGGCAAAAGGUUAAGUUUGGUGGCAAGUUAUUCGAAAGGUCAAGUCCUAUUGCAUCAAGGAUCGCGGACGCUAUUAUGGCAACAAACGUACCAAACAAAAUCUCUAAUGAAUGUCACAUCUGUCCAACGUCAACUUCUUGGCAGCGCAAUUGCGCCUUCACUGAAAGACUAUCCAGAUCUUCAUCUAGUAGCAGUUUUAUGCUCUGCAUGUUUAACAAUUAUAUGCAUUAAUCCAACACUGGCAACUCAUUGGCUUCAAAACUUUCCAGCAUCAGAGGCAAACGAGACCGGUUCUGUCGCAUGGUCAGCAGAUAGUCAUAUGGUAGCAUAUGCACUAGGUAGCUCGGUGCACACUAUAACUAUAGAUCAAUUUUCAGAGGAAAAUAUAAAAAUAUCAAAGGAUCCUAUUUGGUCCUGGAAUGUGGAACAUACAAUUGCUUCCCUCCAGUGGCUUUCCAAAGGUAUCAUCGGGGUCUUAACGGAUCACUCCUUGGUUAUAGUUUUGAAUGUGAAAUUGCAGCAGAAUCCGGUAAUUUGGACGUUAAAGCUAGACCCACAAUGUAUGUUUAACGGAAUGUGCAAUACUUUUUCAUGCCUGGAUAACCAGUUUUUCUAUCUAACCCAAUUCACUGUGAAUUGCGGGAAAUUUGCAGCAUGGAGCGAUAUAUUUCUUCACUAUAUGAAACGACAUGAUUAUGGUGCAGCACUGAAUAUAAUGGGGUUCCUUAUGACUAAUGGCUCUUCUAUCGCCCCAUUAAUUAAACUCGGAGAAACCCAAAAUGAAAGAAAAGAUCAACUAUUACUACCCUUCAGAAAUUUGGCACUAUCCACCCUUAAAUCUAUAAUGCGACGGAAUAAUAUUGAGUACAAUACAUCCUAUGAUCGCUGUACCCAAAUAUUCGAGGUUGGUUCUCUUUUCGGGGACCAGUUUUUCUCGAUUUUGGAAGAAAUGAACGACUUUAUAUCUGACACUAAUAAAGAUGCUUUCUACGAUGCAAUUUCAAAUGAAAUACUAGAGCAUACUAUAACUACUCUGCCACCAGUUAUGUUGAAAGGGAUUAUGCAGCACUUCGCAGACAAGAAAAACCUACGGGCAAUUGAGCUUCUUAUUAUAACCCUGAACCAGUCAUCAUUAGAUAUUGACAUGUCUGUCAAAUUAUGCAAGAAAUUUAAGUUGUAUGGUGUCUUAGUCUAUUUGUGGAAUAAUAUGUUUUCGGAAUAUUCAACUCCAUUCAUUGAUUAUCUUUUCAAGAUAACUAAACAGUAUGACAAAUGUCUACUUUUUGACAGGGUUAAGAAUAUUAAGUCAUUCAAUAUUUACCAUUACUUGACAGCGGUUUUGACCGGUUAUCAAUACCCAACAAAAACGCAGAUCACUCCUGCUCAGACUGUUUUGGCGAAAGAACAGCUUUAUACUUUUCUCUUUAGUGGGACCUCUCUUGAAUGGCCAGUAGACUCAGGCGAAAAGUUUUUAACAUGUCAAAAUCCAUUACGUGAACCAGCAUACCCAUAUUUCCAGUUAUUACUAAAACAUGAUCCAGAGUCAUGCUUGUACAUGCUUCACAAAAUCUUUGAAGAUACGCAUUUGAAUGAUGAUGGCUUACUAGAACAUAAUCAAAUCUCUCAAACUCAAAUUAGCCGCCAAUUUGUUGUAGAUAUUUUGAUUGGUAUUUUGAAAACUCUAGAAGACGCAAAAUUGCAGGUUCUAAUUGCAAUUUUCAUUACAAGGAAUAUUCCGAAGUUUCCUCAGUUUAUUAAACUUUCCAAUUCGGCUUUGGAUGAGUUGAUAUGGAUAAUAUGCGGUUCUAACUUCGAAGAAUUAAAUUACGACUCUCAGCGGAGCUUAGAGUCAUUAUUCAGCAUUUACAAGCCGAACAAUAUGGAAGAGUUUAUUGUUUACCUUAAGGAUAGAAAAUUUGACUAUGUUUUGCUUCCAGUUUACAAGAGUUUAUCACUUGCUGCAGAAUACCUGAUGCUGAGAAUAGAAUCAGAAGAAUUGAAGUCUUUACCUAAGGCGGUGUCCGAAAUUCUAAGCGAUUGCGCUACGUUAACUGUUUCAAAGCCAAUAGAGAGACGACGCGUUGCGAAGGUAAUAGAAGCUAAAAUUAACAAGUUACUAGGGUUGGAGAACACAGAAACAUUGAUUACAGCAAUAUAUCAGUUUGAUAGUGAAGUAUGUUCGAGAGUGUUGAAGCGGAUCCGUUCUAAAAGUAAACAAAAGGAAUGUAUGGAGCUAUUUUUUGGUAUGGUGAAGCCAUCUCAGUACAUUGAUGCUGAACUAAAGUAUACUUACUUAAAACUAUGCUGCGAACAGGGCUAUUUCACUACCCUACACAAAUACCUAGGCCAGAUUGAUUAUACAGACUUGGAUUCCGAAAAGAUUAUCGAGAUGCUAAAAGACCACUCUGACACUGAAGGUUUGGUGAUUGUUUAUACUAAAUUAAAAAACUUUGAAAUGGCAAUAUUGCAAGCCAAUUCGGGGUUUUCAGAUUCAUCUGAAUGUGGUGGAAAAACCGACGCCGAAAAUUUCAUUGAUUUAGCCAUUGAGAUAUGUGAGCAAUCUGGUGAACAAGCACAGAAUUGUUGGACGAAUCUUAUUACCAGCGUGCUCUCGAGACAUUCAAAAUUACCUCAGGGAGAUAAGGCUCACUGCAGUUACCUACUACAGCAGGUGUUUUUAAGACUUUUGCAAUGGGAGUCAUCAAGGGAACAGGGUCUAACGGUAGACUUCUGGAAUAUUUUAACGGCUGUUUUAAGUCAUCAGAAUAUGGCGGUAACUAAAAUCAAUGAUAUUAAGACAAUUCUUGCUGAAAUUAUUAAAAUAUACACUGUAGAGGAGAGUAUCCAUCAAUUAAUCCUCAGAAUCAUUGAGAAUUCGUCGCAUACUAUCAUCCACAAAUAUUUAUUUGGAUUACAACAAGGUUGGCCAAUAGAAAAUUACGAAUGUGAGGUUUGUGGUAAGACAAUUUGGGGUAUGGGGGUCACUAGUAAGGUGUUCAUUGCAUGGAAAUUACUUUACCAAAGAAUAGGAUAUGACGAACAAGAAGUAUUAGAUAUUAAUAAUCUUAUUGUAUUUCACUGUCACCAUGGGUUUCACGAGUCUUGUCUACGAAACAUGGGCCAAAAUGACGACAGUUACUAUUGCUUGAUAUGUGACAUUGAUGGCACUAUCAGUUAA